AUGCACUGCCUGCUCAAAUGUGCGCCGCUGAUUUUGGCGGUAGCCGUCUGCCAUGGCUGGCUCUUCGGCGACUUUGUGGGAAAACAGAAGGAGCUGAAUGAAAUCUCUCUCUGGCCUCUACCGCAGAAAUUUCAGUCGUCCGCCGUCGCUUUUAAACUCAGCCCCGCCAGCUUUCAGAUCGUCCACGCGAAACAGUCCACCGCCGGACCGAGCUGCAGCAUACUCGAGAAUGCGUUUCGCAGAUAUUUUGAAUACGUGUUUGGUGACCUGAAGAAGCACGAGAAGAGCCGAAAGAAAGUGUAUGAUUCAGAUCUCGUGGAGCUUCAGGUAUGGAUCACAUCAGCUGAUCCGGAGUGCGACGGUUACCCGAGUCUGCAAACCGACGAGUCAUAUGAGCUGUCAGUUGAUGAACCCUCUGCUGUGCUGAAAGCUGCUAAUGCAUGGGGAGCUUUGCGUGGACUGGAAACAUUCAGCCAGCUGGUCUAUGAGGAUGACUAUGGAGCCAACAACAUCAAUAAGACCGAGAUCUCAGAUUUCCCACGGUUUGCCCAUCGAGGGAUCCUCCUGGACUCAUCUCGCCACUUCCUGCCACUCAAAGUCAUUUUGGCCAAUUUGGUGAGCUGA